AUGGCUGUGCUCAGGAUGAGAGGAGUGACUCAGAGUCAGCUUUGUAAGGAAUUCGACAUGGGCGGGAAGUACAUGUUCUAUAUACUAAAAAGUCUCGAGUCUCGAGGCUUAAUUAUGAAGCAUUCAGCUCUGCGUACGAACCAGAACCUUGGUGCUGAGGGAGAGUCUAGAAGUUCAAGUGUGACGACUAAUGUGUUAUACUUGUAUAGAUACGCAAAGCAAUUAGGCCUGCAACAAAAAUUUGAAAUUACCAGGGAUGAAGAGCAGACUUAUGAGGGUUUUGAAGAUUCUGGUGAAACUUUCGUGGGUGAAGAAUGUUUGCCUGGAGAUUAUGCUAAAGAAAAUGUGGUUGUGAAGGAUUAUCUACCAGCAAUGAAAGCUAUAUGUGACAAACUUGAAGCCACAGAAGGUUCUGUCGUCUCAGAUAUCAAGCAUCUUGGUUAUCAUGGAGCACCUUCAGCCCAUAAGGCUUGGAGAAAUAUUUGUCGGCGAUUGAAGGAUGCUCAUUUGGUGGAGGAAUUUGAGGCAAAAGUGAAUGGGAAGGUUCAGAAAUGCUUGCGGUUGCUGAAGAAUUUCCCUCCAGAAAGUAUUGAGCCAGAAAAGAGUGAUCAGGGUGAAGAGUUUCUAAACUUUGGGAGGAGAUCUCUUGUUACUGAGCAAACUAUAGAGCUUCCUAUUGAGCAUCAAAGUUUUGACAUGAUUGAUGCUGAAGGACCUAAGGGGCUAGUGAUGAAGGAGUGUCCUAGGCUUGGUAUUGGCAGUAAACAGAACCACAGUCGGCUUCUUAACAUGUUUACUAGAUCUGGGAUACAUCUUGAGGCUCAAAAUAGUAAGAAAGGGAGGGAGCAGAGGAUAUUGGAAAAAGUGCAGAAUUUCGAGAAGGAUAAGUGCACAACAAUGGACAGGAAGACUAUAGAUCGCAUAGUAAACAAGCUACAGAAGCAAGGGAAGUGCAAAUGUGCUCAUUUGGAGGUCCCAGCUGUCACAAAUAGGCGUAUCCGCAGCAUUCAGGUGGUUCUUCAUCCAUCUGUAAAAUUUAUCUCUCAACUGAUCAGUGAAAUCCAUGACAGAAUGAGGUCCUUUGAGAUGCUAAGUCGUGGCCAUGGCUCAUCAAAUCAGAAGAACAAGCAAUCUGUUCCUGUGCUUGACAGUGUUGAAAGGAUUCAGAGUUGUAUAUAUUCUGAUGUGGCUGCUACCAAAUCAGAAGCAAUGCGUGCUAAUGGAUUUGUGUUGGCAAAGAUGGUCCGUGCUAAGCUGUUG